ACACAGAGGAUACCUUCUCAUCCACAUCUCUCUCUCUCUCUCUCUCAGUUUUCUGAACUGUUUUUUUUUUUUUUUCCUCCUCUUGUUUUUGUUCAUAUCCGUGUGGCUAUAGUUGGAUUUUCUUGGUAUUAGGAAGCAAAGGUUUAUUAAGAAAUCAAGAAAAAAAAAGCAGUGGCUAAGGAUCUGGAUUCAGUUCUAGUUAAUAGUCUUUUCUUUUUUUCUCCCUCUUUCUCCUUGUUUCUUUUUGUGCGUUUUCAAAAAACCAAAAUUGUCUCUUUAAAUGAAGCCAAACAAAGAAGAAACUAUCAAAGUGAAUGAUACAAGGGUUAUGAGUUUUAAAGUCUAGCUAGCUGCUGCCAUAGUCUACAUAUUUGAGAAAUCCGUUUCAACUUCUCUAUUUGGGGUUCUUUCUCUUUCCAGUUUCUCCCUUAUUUUAGCUUUUUCUAGGUUUGGAUUUUUCUCUUUUAUUAUAUAUUCUUUGUCUUUAGAUCUAUUAUACCGUUUUUCACAUAAUAUGAAAACCGGAAGAAUCCAUGGCCCAUGAUGCAACCUUAAGCUUUCUAGAACUGCUUAUCUAAGAAAAGAAGAUGAUGAAAGGUUUGAUGUUUCAUCAGCAACAGCAACCACAAGAGGAAAACAUGUCUAAUUUGACUUCAGCUUCUGGUGAAGCAAGUGUUUCUUCAGGCAACAGAAAUGAAACUGGAACUAACUAUCCUCAACAAUACUUUGCUCCUCCACCUCCUCAAACUCAACCUGUCAAAAAGAAGAGAAACCUGCCAGGAAAUCCAGACCCAGAUGCAGAAGUAAUAGCUUUAUCACCCAAGACUCUGAUGGCAACAAAUAGAUUUGUGUGUGAGAUCUGUAACAAGGGGUUCCAGAGAGAUCAGAAUCUUCAACUUCAUAGAAGAGGGCAUAAUCUGCCAUGGAAGCUGAAGCAAAGAACCAGCAAGGACAUAAGGAAGAAGGUGUAUGUCUGCCCAGAAACUAGCUGCGUCCACCAUGACCCAUCAAGAGCUCUUGGUGACCUGACAGGAAUCAAGAAGCACUUUUGCAGAAAACAUGGUGAGAAGAAAUGGAAAUGUGACAAGUGCUCAAAGAGGUACGCAGUUCAAUCAGAUUGGAAGGCUCACUCCAAGACCUGUGGCACUAGGGAAUACAGAUGUGACUGUGGAACCCUUUUCUCAAGGAGGGACAGUUUCAUCACCCACAGAGCUUUCUGUGAUGCUUUAGCAGAGGAGAGUGCACGAGCUAUCACAGGAGCACCAAACCCAGUAGUACUCCACUCCUCUCAGCCUGCAGCUCCAGGUUCUUCAAUUCCUCAUAACAUAAAUCUCCAAAUACCCCAAUUCAAUACCAGUGCUCAAGAUCUGCAUGCAUUUUCACUUAAAAAAGAGCAACAAAGUUUUAGUACGCUAAGGUCAGAGUUACCACCAUGGUUAGCUUGCCCACCACCAGGACUAAGGGGUGGGGCUGGUCCUGGCCCACCACAUCAUCAUCAUCAACAGACACCCGUUGAUCAUCUCUCCUCCUCCUCAUCUUCAAUUCCAACUCAUCACCAAGAAUUGAGCCCAAACCCUAACCCUAGUCUUGGCCCCACUCUACCACAUUACCGGCAGGCGGCUCCAUCCCCACAUAUGUCAGCUACUGCCUUGCUGCAAAAAGCAGCUCAGAUGGGUGCAACCAUGAGCAGCAAAACUACAAGCUUGAUGAGACCCCACCAUCACCAGCAGCAGCCGCAACACCACCACCAAGAAGGAGCUCAUGUGUCUUCCCAUUCUGGUAACAACAAUGCAAAUACAACUGGUUUUGGUCUGAAUUUUUCCUCACCUGAAGAGCAGCUGCCAGGUGGUGGGUCAAUUUUUCAUGGCCUGCAGGCUCCUUUUAGGAAUAAAGCUGUUCCUUCUGGUACUACUAAAGUUGGUACUAGUGGUUCACCACCCUCAGGUGCCCUUCUUCAAGAAAUGAUGAAUUCUCUUUCUUCUGCUUCUGGGUUUGAAGGGAGUAACUCCUUUGAAGAUGCAUUUGUUGGCGGGAUUUUGAAUACCAAGAAAAGUGAUGAUAAUGCUGGUGGUGGCGGUGGUGGCUCCGGCUGCAGUGGUGAGGGUUUGACGAGAGAUUUCUUGGGUCUUAGAGCUUUCUCUCAAAGUGAUAUACUGAGUAUGGCUGGUCUUGGCAAUUGCGUCAACACUUCUCAUGAGCAACACAAUCAAUCACAAAAAACAUGGCAAGGUUAACUCUUUCAUAUAUAUAUAUAUAUAUAUAUAUAUAUAUAUGGAUUUUCUUUUCGCUCUAUAGUUUCAAAUAUUUCAUUUCUUUUUUUUUUCUCUCUCUCUCUCUUUUUAAGCUUCCCAAAGGGAAGGACAUCAAUGCCUUACUUAUGUAGCCAUAAUUUCAUAAUUUUUGCUUGUCUUUUUUUUUUUAA